CAUCAUCCCAUUCCUUCCAACCUUCUCAACAAAGCACCAUCCAUUUCAGUCGUGCUUUCGAACAACUGGGAUCGUAACCUUCCGGUUCUUUGAAACUUCCAUUUCCACCAGAAUUCCUACGCAUUUUCGUGCUUGUUUGUCUCCAUAUCGGUAUAAUCAGUCACGUGAUCCACGCGUCAGUGGCGGCCCGCCCUGGAACCGAUCACGUCUCCCGUCGGAACCUGCAACUACCAAUUCAACAUUGUCGCUUUUCGCGAACCUGAUUUCCUGAAGCCUUCAUCUAAAGAGGCUGAGCGUUUAUCGGAAAUCAUGUCAACAAUUCCACCACCACAAGGCAACGGCCUUCCCUCACAGCCACCGGCUGGAGCAACAGCACCCGCUGCCGCCGCGGCGCCAGCAGCAGCCGAUGUCGCGACAACGGAGGAGCAAGCCGCGGCCGACGGCGCAACAACAGCAGCAGCAGCAGGAGGUGACGCGACAGCCAACACCACCACCACCACUACAGCGCCCGCCGCCGCUAACGACGAUGAACGACCAAACAUGGACAUCCCCUCGCUACCGGAACCCAAGCUUCCCACGCGCAAGGACGUCUCUCUCAAGGAGCUUCUGUCCAAGAUGGAUGAAUACGCGCCUAUCAUACCAGAUGCAGUAACCUCCUACUACAUGACUCGCGCCGGCCUUCCUCCCCCGCCACAGACCGAUCAACGUCUGGCCCGUCUGCUCGCCUUGGCAACCCAAAAAUUUAUUGCCGACAUCGCCGCUGACGCCUACCAGUAUUCCCGCAUUAGGGCAUCCAACACCAACGCGAACAACCCCAUGGGCAGUCUGGGCGCCGCGGCGGGGUUCCCUAUUCCUGGACAACCGACCAAUCAGGCGGCGGGGGCGAAGGAUCAGGGCAGAGGUGGACCGCUCGGUAUCCAGAGGCCGGGGUAUGGUGGUGGUGGACAGGGUGGCAGCCAGAAUAGGACGGUGCUGACGAUGGAGGAUUUGGGUAUGGCGGCAGGGGAGUUUGGGGUUAAUGUGAAGAGGAGUGAGUUUUAUCGCUAGGUGGAGGGGCAGUCACGGUGCAGAAAUGUCUGCUCUACUGGUG